GCGAAACUUUCAGCGCAUUUGCUGCAUUUGCUCGUGAUUCAUAUUCAUUCGUUUCGUUAUAAUUACCUCAUUUUUAGUUUUCCAACACUAGAUCGAAUCAAAUUCCCACUAAACAAUGAGUGACGAUCAGCCGGGACCACGGACGGAGUAUAAACUAGAGCAGGAUUCGGAGCUUCGCUUCGAGAUGGAGAACGGCAACAACGAAAAAGUCACGGUCACGCUGCUGAACGGACAUGCCGAGCUGUAUGGUACCGAACUGGUAAUGAAGAAAUCGUACGAGUUUGGAGUCGGCGCCAAGGUGGCGAUUUUUACCUAUCACGGAUGCACAAUCGAACUGCGUGGAAAGCCGGAUGUGGCGUACGUGGCAAGGGAGACUCCCAUGGUACAGUACUUGAACUGUAAUUCGGCGCUGGAGCAUCUGCGAACGAAGGCCGAGGAGGAUGACGUUCGAGGGCCAGUGGCGAUGGUUGUAGGCCCGAUGGAUGUGGGCAAAUCGACGCUGUGUCGGAUUAUGUUGAACUACGCAGUGCGUCUGGGAAGGAGGCCCAUCUAUGUAGACCUGGAUGUGGGGCAGGGAGGCAUCGCCAUACCGGGGACGAUUGGAGCUUUGCUGGUGGAACGGCCGGCCCCGGUGGCGGAGGGGUUUUCCCAGCAGGCGCCCCUGGUUUAUCAUUUUGGACAUACAAGUCUCGAUGAGAAUGGCGUAUUCUACGAUGCACUGGUUACGAAGUUAGCCGAAACUACCCUUGAGCGGUUGCAGGCUAACAAAAGGGCGAAACAUUCCGGAAUGAUUAUCAACACGUGCGGAUGGGUCAAGCAAGGCGGCUACCAUCACAUCCUCCAUGCGGCCAAAGAAUUCGAAGCUAAUGCCAUUUUUGUGCUGGACCAGGAAAGGCUGUACAACGAAUUGCUCCGUGACGUUUCGUCGAAAUCCGUUCAGGUUGUUUAUCUACCGAAAAGCGGAGGCGUUGUGAAGCGUACCAGAUCCCAACGGGCGGAGGCUCGCGACACUCGGAUCCGUGAGUAUUUCUAUGGCUCCAAGAUGCCCCUCUAUCCGCAUUCGUUUGACGUCAAAUUCAGCGAUGUGAAGAUCUUCAAAGUCGGAUCACCGGCCCUGCCGGAUUCGUGUCUUCCACUAGGCAUGAAAAAGCAGGACAAUUUUACCAAACUGGUACCGGUUCAACCGAGCAUGCAACUCCUCCAUCACAUCCUGGCCGUCAGUUUUGCUGAGAGCGUCGAAGAGAAUGUCAUUCAAAGCAACGUGGCCGGCUUUAUCUGCGUAACGGACGUAAAUAUGGAAAAGGAAGUGCUGACGAUUUUGUCACCCCAGCCGAGGCCGCUACCCCAAACGAUUUUGCUGGUGUCUGAUUUGCAGUUUAUGGAUAGCCAUUGAUGGGGUCGGGUGAGGGGUUUCGGAAGGGUCGUGAAUGUGUGGAUGACACUGAUAACGUUAUUAAAUAAAAUAGUCUUAACUUUCAGAA